AUGUCUAAAAGCCGAAGUGACGUCUGGGAUCAUUUUGUUGCCGAGAAUCAAACAUCAGCAAAAUGCAAGCACUGCGAUGCAACAAUUCGCCGACAUGGCAAUACAACAAAUCUUCGAAAACACCUUAUUAGACGCCACUCGAAUGUUUACCAACCAACCGCAUCAACUAGCGCUGGCAGUUCAUCGAUAACGAGCUUUUUUCAAAAGAAGAUUGACCCAUCAGGAGACAAAGCAAAAGAGAUCACUGCGCAUAUUGCCAACGUCUGUGUUAAAGAUUUGCGUCCAUUUAGUAUUGUUAAAGAUGCUGGGUUCCGUGCUCUCAUUAAGCAUGCAUGGCCAACCUAUCAAAUUCCAAAACGAGAAACGAUCCGCCAACUGAUCAUGCUUCGGCACACUGCAGGCAUAAAAGCAUUAAAGAGCGAACUGGAAAGAUUGAAAUCAGACGUCUCUAUUACAACUGACGGCUGGACUAGUAUGGCUCAGGAUAGUUACUGCACAAUUACCGUGCACUUUCUUCGUGAAUGGGAAAUGACAUGCAAAGUCCUCGCGACAAGAGCAAGCCUUGAUCGUCAUACCGGGGUGAAUUUAGCUGUUGAGGUGAACGAGACGAUGAAAGAAUUUGGCCUUGAAGAUCAUGUGUUUGCCUGUAUUCACGAUAACGCUGCAAAUGUUAAUCUCGCCGGCCAAAUGAUCAAUGGCACAAAAGAGAGACCGAUAGCCUUCAAUAUCGGCUGUGCGGCGCAUAGUCUGAAUUUAUCGAUCGGAGAUGCAAUGAAGAAAGGGGUUGACCAGCCCUUUGAAAAGAUGGUUGCUGCAGCCAGGAGGCUAGUGGGGCACUUUAAAAUGUCCAGUCUGGCAACAAAUGGUCUUCGUGCUAAAGUGAAAGAGAUGAUGGCGUCUGAACAUCAUGGCAAGGGAUUGAUUCAGGACGUGUCUACCAGGUGGAACUCAACAUUUUACAUGUUGGAGCGUCUGUCGCUGUUGCGUUGGCCAGUCGUUGCGGUGUUGUCUGAUCAAUCUCUGACCAAGCCACAAGAAGCAAGGGUCCUAGAUAUGCCCGUUGAAUCUUGGAAACUUGCUGAGGAAGUAGUUCCAGUUCUUAGGAAGGUGGAGCUGGCUACUGUUCUUUUUAGCUCGCAGUCCAAAACAACAUCCGGUGUUGUCCUGCCUGCUAUUACCGGUUUAGUUCAUCAAUUGAAAGCCAUGACGUUCGAGCGUGCGGUAACCGAUGGCCGACGGCGAGCAACCACUCCGCCAGGUCAGAAUUUUAGGGAUACCCUGGUCCAGUCGCUGACUGACAGAUUCUUUCUCGACCAAUUGGAUGUUACCGGUGAACAAACAGACACCUGUGAAACGGUUCCAUUUUAUCUGUUGGCUUCAUUCAUGGAUCCCAGGUUUCGUGAUCUGUCAUUUCUGAGCGAAACCGAGCGGAGUGCAUUAGUGGAGUUUGCGUCAAAGACCCUGAAAGCCAUGCCAUCAUCACCUGCAAGCAGCGAUGUUGCUGCUGCCACUUCAUUGGAACCGGAGAUCUUGCCACCGCCAAAGAAAAAGUCCAAGUCAGAGGUAGCCAUGGAAGAGUUGCUUGGUAAAGGAAAAUCGUUGAACAGCUCUGGGGAAUCCACCUGCGAAGUAGAAUCUCGCGCGGAAAAGAACCAAAGGAUUGAUAAGGAGAUUCAGCAGCUCAGCAACGAGGCACCAAUUGGUUUGACGGAAGAUCCGUUAAUGUGGUGGAAAGAAAACGAGAAACGAUACCCUCUCGUACGGAACCUUGCCGCCAGAGUGUUAGCAGCUCCGCCGACGUCUGUGCCAAGCGAGCAGAUUUUCAGCAAGGCUGGACUUGUCGUCUCAAAGAAACGUGCCGCACUUAAGCCAGCCGUUGUAGACGCACUUUUAUUUUUAAACAAAAAUAACAUGUAG